AUGUGGGCCGCCGAGAAGCGGAUUCCGUACAUCAUGCUUGCCACCGAGAUGGAACCCACCAAGCGGGCCUUUCAGCUUUACCACGACACCGCUGCCGAGCACGGCUACGAGUCCGGCUCCCAGAACAUCGGCUACCUGUGGAAGGUCCACGUCGAUGAAACCGAGGAACUGGCCGAACAGACCGCUCGCAAAUACGUGCAGGGUCCCAGCAACCCCUUCCUUGCUGGCAACGAGGGCACGGUGAACCCUGCCCUGGUCAACCUGCCCGGCCUUACUUCCCGCACCCGCGUCCUGCCCACCCAAACCGUGGCAACCGCCGCUCGGGGUGGCGGGGGCGGUGUGGCUGGAGUGCUCGGCCGCCCCUACGAACAGCAAAUUGAGGACUACACCAUCAUCGCGGGAACGCCCAAGACUGUGAUUUCCAGGAUCCGCCACGUCCUGGAAUACGUCCGCCCCGGCAGUAUCUUCUUCUGGGACGGCGACGGCGCCAUGACCCACGACGAUGCCAUGCGCAGCCUCCGCCUGAUGGGCCAGGAAGUCAUCCCGGCGGUAAAGGAAAUAGCCAAGGAACUGGAACUCCCCGGUCCCUUCGAGGUUGACCCGGCCACGGGAAAGGACAUUCCUCAAGAAGUGGCCGCCGGCUAG